AUGCUAGGGAUUACCUGUAAGGAAGUCCCUAUUGAAGCCCAUUGGUCUAUCGGCAAGGUUGAACGGUACCACGGCCCUUUGCGACGAGCGUUUGAGAUUAUGUACGCAGAGCUCUCAAGCCAGGCAGACGCAGAUUCGAUCCUCCAGAUGGCCGUUAAAGCAGUCAACGAUACCGCCGGACCAGACGGACUUGUACCUACCCUUCUUGUCUUCGGGGCUUACCCUCGAAUCACCGCCGAUUCGCCGCCGAAUCCCUCGGUAAUCCGACGCGGUGAGGUCGUACGCAAAGCUAUGAAGGAACUACGCAAGUUUAUGGCCAACCGGGACGUUAAAGAGGCCCUAGGCACACGCAAUGGUCCAACAACUAUUGACGUUCUAAACCUCAAGUUGCAAAGCGAGCCGUACUAUAAGGACGAUAACUCCCCUGCUGCCCCCGGCACGGACGAACAACCUCGGAAGAGAGGACGCCCGCUUAGAUCGACGAAUGCACCCGCAGCUCAGACAACGGAGCCCGCAGCCCAGACAGCCGUAAAGCCGCCCACAGGACCACGCAAGCGAGGUCGACCCCCGGGAUCGAAAAAUAAGAAGCAUAGCUUGUACAACGCCCAGACCUUCCUACAGAAACGGGAAAUGGACGAUAUUGCCCUUGCCAUUAAGCUUCGAGACGACGGCGUCAUUACAACGCCAGGUGCCCCGUUUGAACAGUCCGAUCAAAAAAUCAAUGACCUCAUCGGACGAGGGGUAUUUACCUUCGAGUUAUUCGACCCGACCAAGCAUCGAGGAACACGGAUUUUCAAGUCACGAUUAGUCCGAGAAGUUAAAGGAAAGUAUAUAAAGCCGUACGAAAGUCUCGCCUCGUAG